AUGCUGCUUCCUCCCACCGAUCCGCACCUUUCGACCGCAAGCACGCAAUCAACGUUCGAAACCAUGGGACAUACGUGGCGCAACGUCAACUCGCCGCAGGUCGUACCUGAAGCUCACAACGAUCUCUCCGACGAGUAUUCAAGCUAUCAGCAACGCGUUGAAAGCCGCGCUUCUGGUACUGCGGCGGUGGAGGCUGCAAAGCAUAAUCGACGACGCAACGCAGCAUUGUCACGUCUCUACAACGUGUUCGACGGCAAGAGUGACUCCGGCGACCAGAAGCCAUACAGUCAGACUGUUAUCGUCAACAGCGAGGACGGAGGAGUAGCGCAGCCUGAGCAGCCAUCCACGCCCAAGAAGAAUCGCGUGCCGAUCCUUUGGCAUGGACUACCAUCCCCAGAAACGCCGACAUUUUGCAACUAUACACGAGCUAUCCCUCCAGCUAGCUCUGCGCAAGAGGAGCUAUCAUGGCAGACUUCUCUCGAGGAGACCAAGAACGACAUUGAAACCGUCCUAGUGAAGGCGAAUCACACUACCAAUAAGUUUUCGGUACCAGCGCAGUCUCCUAUUGACAACGACAAGGCGAACGACGACGGCUUGAAGCCUAUGAUCUCCCAGACUCCCGAGGAUGAUACUGGGGCUGAUGCGAAACUGGCUCGCGAACUUGAAGAGUCUCUGAAUCCGACGGCCACACGUCGCAGUACCAGACUGCGCACACAGCCCAAGCCAUCGUUACCAAUCGCAGCGCCCAAGACUCUUCGCAAAUUGUUGCCCGCGACGAAACCAACGGAGUCUUCGGCACAUCCAGAGUUCAGCUUCAGCACUGAGCCUAUCAAGGCCGACCCUGUACCGUUCGAUGGACUGCCCACUGUUCACUCGCUGUCAUGGCAGUUGCAAUAUCCGCCCGGAGGGAGCACACACCCGUCAUACCCAUAUCCUUCUCUGGACCCACGCCUUCUCUUUCAUCAGGCCUUCGUCCCGAUUAUCGGCGGGUUGCCAGAUUUUACCCUGGUUCAGAAGCUCGUGCUCCCUAUGGGGUGGAAGCAUGUCUCAUGGUCUGGUCUCCUGCCCAUCGCCUUCGACCCGUAUCGUCAAGCGUUUAAGCUUACACCGGUUGGGCCUAUGCCGCUUACGUGCGAGGAACUUCAUCAACAAGGUCUCCACAAGUAUGUACCAGGUGGCGAGCUGCACCCCGAGUAUGGCAUGUUGCCCGAAAUGCUUAAGCUCAGCGAUGGGAGUGACGCCGAGAUCUUCAACUUCGAUGGAACUGAUUGGACAUUGCCAUGGAAGGGCCAGAUCGACUUCCACGCCCCUUCCAAUGCCACGAACGAGCAGCUCGGCAGCUAUGAGAUUAGCAACCCCAUCGACUCCGAUACCUUCGCGCCCGUAAUCACUUAUCCAUGGAGCGAAGCCCGAGACUGCCCGGACAAGGUAUUCGACAUCUGUGAUGCUUGGCGUUGGCUAUCGUUCAAAGAGAUGAACCCUGAGAUGGACUUCAUUCCCACACCCGGGAUGAAUUGGCGAGGAACCGGCGCAAUACGAUCCUUGCGUAAGUACAAGUUACCUAUUCCUGAGCUGAUGAUGCUUGCCAUGCCGGACCCGACUACAUCGGAGAACAAGCAUAUUGUAUUGCUUCAGAACCAAGAUGAUGGAGUCAAGGAUAAGAACCAGUUUUGUCCAUUCAAGAGUGUCGCGACAUCCGUCAUGGCCGACAUAACCCUCCUUGGCGACACCGAGUUCACGAUCAUGGAGCUACUGUCGUAUUUUCCUCAACACUACUACUGGGGUCAUGCAGCUGAGCGAUUCGUGAGGGCUGGGGUUACAUGGAGCUUGGUACGGGACUCUCUCAUUAUGACACGAGGUCUUCAAGGCGAUGAAGUCAUGAUGGCGAGUAGUAUUUCUAAUGCAGCAAAAGCUGCCAGGAAGAGGGAUUGCGUCAAGGUCGAAGAGAUGGACAUUGAUGAAGUUGGCAAGGAUACACCGUCGCCCACGCUCACACCAGCUAUCAACUCCACUAUCGUUGACUUGACCUCGAGCUAUACAGCUGAAGGGUGGACUUACGACGUAUGUGAGAAGAUCGACUACCCGCUGCUCGCCCUCGCGCACGGUUUGCAACUCUUGCCUACUGGUCUGGAUGCCGGUCCGCUGACAGCACUCAUACGCUGGUGCAAAGAGCAAGGUCGAUACAAAGCCAUGCUUAGCGAAGUUUCUGCGCUGCUGAAAGAAGCAGGCAUUGAGCCACUGAUUGAGCCGGGUGAGAACGGAUGUCCGGAUAAGGAAUUUACAGGCAGGCACGCUGGGGCAUUGAAGAAGGAUAGGCUCAGGGUGGUUAGAGAUGCGGGUGUCAACAAGAGGGCACUCGAUGGCGGCGCUAGUGAGACUCAGGGAAAGAGGAGGAAGGCUGAGUAG